AUGGAUCCUGAGCUCUUCAAAACCACCAACUUCACCAGCUUCAUCCGCCAACUCAACCUCUACGGCUUCCGCAAGGUGGUGCUGGGCGGGCCCGGCGCGCCAGGGCCCGGGCCGGGGCCCGGGGGUGGUGGGCCGGCGGGCGACGGGCCGCUCCACCACUUCCACAGCCCGCACUUCCGCCGCGAUCAGCCGCAGCUGCUUGUGCACCUCAAGAGGCUCACCAGCGCCAACAAGGCCAAGCUGGCGGCCGGCCUGGAGGUGCCCUGCCGGCCGCCCAACCGCUUCCAGAGGCUCCUCAUCACAUCGGCCUCCGCCUCGGCCUCCACCUCCCCGCUGCAGCACCAGGAGCCGCCGCCGCCCGCGGGGCCCAGGCCGGAGCCGCACGGAUCAGUGGCUGUAGGACAAUUCCACCGGUCAUUCCGGCGAGAUAGUUUGUCUCCUUACUCCUACAUAUCAACUUCGUCCCACAACCACAAUACUUUUCCUCUGAAAAGUUUAGAUCGGACCCCGAUUCCUCCUAGAACAUGGCAGAACUCCCUUGGAAUGCACCCAGGACAAGUGGAAACGUCUCCCACUUUUUCAGAUAAAGGGGUUCAAUUUCCUGUACUGCAGAGGUUUCCAACUGAAGUAACCUAUACCCUGCAGCCCAGCACCACAUCUGUACACGUUCAGCAAGGUCCUCAAACAAUGGUCAGCUCCUCCCAAAAAUAUAGUAACUACACACCCUCAGCGCAGUACUCCCAAGCCUACUAUCCAACAGCUGUGCUACAGUGCUGUUCUCCUCCUACCCACAUGGAUGCUCUCAGUAAUUGUGUCACUCCCACUGCCUCUUCCUAUGCACACUGCAACUAUUUCCAGAAUCCUCCAAUGCAGUCCGCCUAUCCAGUUGAUUUUCUGCCUUCUAAUUGGCCUUGCAGUACUACUGAUGAAAAUAAAAAGACAGAAGUAAACCUAGAGGCUGUUUUUCAGAUAGUAGAUGAAUUGCAUUCCUCCCCUAAAUUGGAGAUGGUAAAGGUGGAGCCUGUUGAGAAUCAGUGCCCAACAUCUCAGUCUAACAGAGGCCAACCUAUCCUAGCUAAUUCAAGCAACAGCAAUCUAUCUUCCACAAGUCAGGCUAGCCAGCUGGAGCCACUUACUCCUGUAGGCUCUGAUAUUACAUCUUUUGUGGUCGGAACAGAACAAGCAAUUACCUGCCCUCUACCACAGUCACCUGAGUACAUCUAUACCAUCCACACAGCUCAGCCUGUUGAAAAUACUACAAUGCAGGAAUCUGCAGCCAUUCAACAAGCUCAUGUGAAACUGAAGGAGCAGCUAAGUCAUAAUUCAUCUCCAUCUUCAAUAGUCUUUGUGCAGGAAGGGCUACCAUUCAGCACACACCAGGUGGAUGCCAGUAUAAAAUGCCAGACCGAUCCUCCUGAGAAUAUCUUGCCUUCAGAACAGAUGGGAUUCCUUAUUUCAGAAAUGGGGCCUGAGAGCAAGCCUAAUAAAGACACAGGUUUAUCCACUCCAGCCAGAUACAGAGAGCGGAGAAGCAGCUCACAGCAAGCAAAGUCCCCUGAUCUUCAUCUGCUGGUGGACGUGGCCUGCAAGCAGGAGCACUUUCCAAAGGAGGAAGAAUUAAAAGAGUGAGAAAUGGAUGACAAAUGUGACAUUGUGCACUAGCUGUAGCUGGAGGCAGACUAGCCUUGCACAUGACACACUGUUGGGAUUUUUUCAGUUCUGUUAAGGAAAAAAAAAGUAUUUUUGUUUUGUUAAUUUGACGAUUUUGUUAAUUGAAAAUUGGGAAUUUGGUAUUUACUACAGCUGUUUAGUUCAGAUUAUUUACCUUGACAAACUACUAAAUAUCUAGCAGCUAUUUUUUUUUUUGCUGCCCAGAUCCCUUUCAAAUGAAAAGUCCUGGCCUUCUGUUACAGUCAAGAAAGCAUCUAAAAACUGCUGCAUCUAUGGUACUGGAGAAUAAUUUGUGUGUGUUGCUUUGUUAUCUUGCCACUUCCAAACUGUAGUCAGCACAACUCCAGUGGGGAGUUCAGUCUAUCUGUUUCAAGUCACAGUGUGAUCCUUUCAGAGAAGAUUGUGUGAGAAAUGAAGGCAUGUAAGGUCACCGAGAUUACAGGUCUAAAUGGGUCAGGAAUCCCAGGGAAGAAACUCUGGGAAAGAGCUAAUUUUCUAAGUGAUUAACCAGGAAAUGCUCUUACUUCCUAACCCAGCAUUCUGUUUCAAGAGCAAGGCAUCCGGACUUGGACCAUCUAUCAACCUUAACAGCUCCUAAUUCUUUUAUAUUAAUGGGAGCAUUCUUCUAUUUUCAUAUCUUUUUAAAAUUUUAAUGAUACAUUAUCAUAAAUGGUCAGGUUUUGUUAAUAUAUCAUUUAUUUAAAUGUCUUCUAAAGAAAAGUAUUUAACUUGUUUAAUAUAUUUAUAAACACUGGUAGAUUUAGAAGUUUUAAAGCUUUAUAUUUUUAUUAAUAUUGGAGGAUAGAAGGAUAAAGGAUGCAUAUGUAAUAUUUUUAUUUUAAGGGGGGAAAUGUACAAUGUGUGAACAAAAACAUUAAGAGAUUUAACACAGUGUUUUCUUAUUUUAGAUUUUUACAUUCAGUAAAUAUAAAUUCUGAUCUAUAUAAGAUAUUGUGUGCAAAUUUUGGGAGAAACUGAUUAGUGGUCAUUUAACAGAAGCUAUACCUCUGAUAUUUUUAGUAGUUUAUGUCUGGUUUCAGCUUCUGAGAGAAUUUUGGAUAGUGGGAUAGACUGUAAUAUUUUUAUCCUAUCCCCUCUAUAGGAUUCUAAAUUCGAGUAGUAGGAUUGUGGGACUGGAUUUUAGGAGAGGUAUGUUGGUUGUCCAGUUUCCGUGGUUGACCCCUCUCUUGCUCACCCAACAACAGCAAGAAACGUCCUGAUUUAAAAGUCUUUUAAAUUGACUAGAACUUUCUUAUUGGAUUCUGCUUCAGUUUUCCUAAUAAGCACUGCAGAAGCCAAAGGAAAGCCUAGGAAUAUGAAACUAAUUAAAAAGAAAAGGCACUUAGUGGGUGUAACAAUUCAUUUCGUAAAUUGCAUUGUGCCUUCCCAAUGAUGUCAAACCCUAGAAAUAUUACACAGAUAAUAGAUUUUUUGGAAAAGGAUGAGCUCUAUUGGUCUGCAGUGACUUGGUUUAGAUGUAAAAGUGGGUUCUGAAAAAUGACCUGUUUGGCCCAUCUGAUUAGAUUAGUUGGUGUCCAUGUGAUGGGCAUUUAUUCAUCUUUAUUCUCAAGGUUUAAAAGAUAAACAGAUUAUCAAGACUCCUACAUCUUUUGGCCAGACUAUGUAUUUUGGCAGAGUAUGUGAAGAGGAGACCCAAUUUCCAAAUGAAGGAUCUUUGUCUUUUCUCUGUCAUGUUGAAAAGCUGAUACACUGUGUAGGUGACAUUUCUUCCCUUAAAUAUGCCUUUCUUAGCUUUGUAUAUGUUGAAAGAGAUAAUACCUUUUGAGGAACAUGUGUCAAGCAGGAACCUUGGCCUGAAUUUGGGUUCAGUGGUUUUAAGGCUUAAUUAAUGAAAUACCUAUAUCAGCUUUCCAAACUUUUUAAAUAUAUGAAUACAAAAGACCAAGGAGCUGGAUCUCCUACUAUACUCACAUGUCUGCUACCUGUCAACUAAAGCUGUCUUCACUGAUUUGGAUAAAAUAGAAAAAGAUAAAAUAAAAUCUGUGUGUGAAUUAGCCAGUAGGGUCUGACACAUAGUAACAAGGUUCCUGACUAGCACCUCAGUAUCUCAGCACCUUAAGCAUGAUAAAUUUCAA